AUGCUGUCCAAUACGCGACCAGACUCGCUUCCUACUCAGUCAGGUGCCUUUAUUUCGGUGAUUAGCUGCUCUAUCAUCACUCUCUCUUUCCUCUGGAAGCGGAAAUGGCGACGCUAUCCAAAUCCACUCAUUUAUUGGAAGGCCGUUGUCGACUUGCUUUACGCACUGCGCUUUCAAUUUAGUUGGGAUGGAUACACGAAUCCGCUGGGUUGCCGAGCACUCGCAACGCUCACACAAUUUUGUAUCUUCUCGUCCGAGUGCUGGUUUCUUUGCAUGUCGUACAAUUUGUAUCAAUGCUCUACUAAUCCCUUCACGAAUCUUAAGCACAAUUUGAAAUGGUACCACAGCUUCUCGUGGAGUGUGGGGAUGCUAUUUGCUGCACUCUUGUGGCUUUCAAGUGUUGAAUUUGAUCCGAAAGUUCAUCCGGCUUGUUUUGUCGAUGAGACUGUCGCUAAUGAGCUCAUUGUCUAUUAUGUUGUCGUCAUUCUUGCUGUGCUGUGCGCAGUGAUUUUUGCAGUACUGGAAACGCAAACUCAUCCAUUCAAAGGCAUGAAAGAGGCAUUAAAGGCAAAAAAAGACGUUAUUCGUAGUGCAAGAAUAUUCACCGUGGCCUACAUCAUUUACCAAAUCAUCCUCAUCUCGUUUUGGGCUGCCGAUGUCCUAUUUUUUAGCAACCACCCGCGCGCUCUCCAUUUAGUGCGUGAUGCGUCAUCAUUCUUCCAUGCGGCAAAGGGCUUAAUUGACUUGGUCAUUUGGGUCGCCAUUAAUGGUUCUCCGCACGUGGAUUGUCGUUCUGGCCGAUUGGGCAACACAUUUGACAGUGACCGAUAUAGCGACGUGGACAUCGACCUCCAGCCUCAGCUAAAUGUCGCGCUGAGAAAGGAAGUGCUUCACUUCACGACGAGAGGCAUUGUAGCAGCCUCAUCAAACACGCCGAUGGUAACAAGCAAUCGACGUGUGGUGCAUCUUCGGUUGCAUGAGCUUGGUAUGACCGUGUGCUUCGAUGACUACAGUCCGUCCUCAUUUCGCGAUAUUCGGCAAGGGUUCGGCAUCAACGAAAUUCUGUACAGAAAAGCAUUUUUGGCUACGUGUCAUGAAAGACUUCAAUCUGGCGGAUCUAGUGGUGCAUUCAUGUUCUACACAGCAGACUAUGCCUUUCUCGUGAAAACCGUGACGACUAGCGAACGCAACGUUUUGCUGAAUAUGCUGCCGGCAUAUAUUCGGCACAUGAAGGAAAAUCCAGAAUCGCACCUGACGCGGUUUUACGGGUGCCAUUCCAUCGAAAUGUACGGUCAGGUAUUUAAUUUCGUAGUGAUGGGAAACGUAAUUGGACGAACGAGUAUGCAUCAGUUUUUCGAUAUUAAGGGAUCUUGGAUUGAUCGCAAUGCUACGGCUCUUCCUCCGGGAAAAACUGUCAUCUGCACAUACUGCAGUCAUGCUUUUCGGUAUGGUACCAACGAGAGCUGCGAAUACAGCAUCCGUGGUAUUCACCUGCCACACAUUGUGCUGAAAGAUAACGACUUUCAUCGAAAAUUGCGCGUGGAGUCAGAUAUAGCUGAGGCUCUCGUAUGUCAGCUAGAAAAUGAUAGCAAUUUUUUGCGAGAACAAGGUAUUAUGGACUACAGUUUACUUUUGAGUGUGCACAACACGAAGUAUGUUGUGGAGCACUGUAGCAUGGAUACCAGGAAUCCGUCUCCAACGAAACGUAAAGUAAACUACCCAGUAUGUCAUCCUGAAAGCAAUGAUUCCUUUUUGUCGCUUGUGACGGACAGCGCAGAUCAGACGGAUGCAUCUACAGACGAGGAUUUGGAUGAAGUGGAAUGUGGGAAUCGAAGAAAGUUUAAUCGGAACUGCCGGUAUUCUGUUGUAGGUCAGUACGAGGGUUGUAGCAUCACCAUACAGAACAACUCACCGCUUUUAGGUCGAACUAUGCGUCGAUGCAACUCCGUGUUGUAUGGAGCAACUGCAGAAACAUCCCGCUCAGAUGACAAGCUUAAGUGGAUCGGCAAAAGAACACUUGAAAAACGUGGGUACCAGGCUUGCGUAGUAGCUGGUCCAGAUUUUUACACGUUAGGAGUGGUGGAUAUGCUGCAAACAUGGACAUGGACCAAGCGUUUAGAACGUUUGUGGAAGACGAUCAUUUUGCGCCAUGAUGGAAUGGGAAUUUCGGCUGCUCCACCCAAAUUGUACGCUGAGCGCUUUCAACGAAAAAUGCGCGACAUCUUAAUGGUGCCAUCGGUGUCAGUAACAUGUGAUCCAAACUAA